AUGAAUCGUGAUCCUAUUGUAACUCGUUCAAAAGCAAAUUCAAAUAUUGAUGAAUCUUCGUCCGAUAGUCUUGAUAGUUCAAGUAGCAGUAAUGAACAAGAACCUGAUAACUUCGAUGAGUUUCAAGUUACUCAAGAUAUUGAAAGUCCAGAUAAUUUAACUGAAUUCGAACAAGAUCAAGAUAUUGAAAAUCUAGAUAAUUUGACAGAAUUUGAACGAAAUCAAGAAGAUGAAAGUUUUGAUACUGAAAUGUAUGAUAAUUCAUCUACAUCGCAUAAUAAUGAAAAUUCUACUGAAAAUAUUCCUAUAACUCGUUCAAAUAAGCAACAAUCCUCACAUGUAUGGAAAUUUUUUACAGUACUUGCUACAAAACAACGUAAAUGCAAUCAUUGUAAACGUAUCUUUAGUAAUAAAACAGCAACAAGCACACUUGAUCGACAUAUUCAAACACAACAUAUAGGGCUAUAUAAUAAUUUUCGUCAAACAGCUUUAGAUCAUUAUAGACGUCCUGAACCAUAUCCAUAUAAUAUUCAAGAAAAAAAAAUAGCUCUUUUGUUAAAUAUAAUUAAAAAUACUCUUGCUAAUAAUUUUUCUAAUAGUUUAUUUCAACAUAUUCGCUGUGCUGCACAUAUUAUAAAUAUUGCAGUUAAAAAAGGCUUAAAGUUAGCAAAUAGAUAUUUAAUUAAGCUUCGUUAUUUUAUUAAAAAAAUUCGUAAAUCUGCACUUUUUAUUGAAGAUUUAAAACGUAUAACAGCUUCUUUUGAUCAUCCUUUUUUAAGACCAAUUAUUGAUUGCUCAACCCGAUGGAACUCAUCUUUUUUGAUGAUAGACCGUGCAAUAGUUUUGCAUAUGGAUUUAGAUUCUCUUGUUAUACGACAUUCAACAUUGCGUGAUUUACAACCUUCUGAAAAUGAAUGGAAUAUUCUUUUAGAACUUCGUAAUUGUCUAAAACCAUUUAAUACUGCAACAGAAAUUCUUUCAAAGUCUAACUAUCCAACAAUUGCCGAUUUACGUCUUAUUAUUUCAGGUUUAUUCAAUCAUCUUAAUGCCUUUAAUAGUGACUAUCAAGAUAUGAAUGCAGUAGUAUCUAAAAUUAGAGAAAAAUUAGAUGAAUACUGGCCAAUUAUGCAAGAAGCGAGUAAGAUUGCUGCUUUUUUUGAUCCACAUUUUAAACAAAUUGUUUAUUCAGAAAAUUCAGCAAAUGAAAUUUUGGCUUCAAUCCGUGCAAAUCUACCAGUAAACUCUGAAUCUAUAGUUCAACCUCCACAUAUCUCAAAGCGUAUUCAAUUUCUACAAGAAUAUAAUAGAACAUCUAUGUUAACUACAACUUCUGACUUAGAUGAACUUACUCGAUAUUGGGAAAUAAUUGCUCCACCUGAAGAAACUUCUGUUUGUGAUUGGUGGAAAGCUAACCAAAGGGCUUUUCCGAAUUUAGCUACUAUGGCAAAAGACUACCUAGCUAUUAUGUCUACUAGUGUUCCGUGUGAACAACUAUUUAGUUUAGCUGGAUUAACAGUUACUAAAUCACGAAACUCUCUUGAUAAUGAAACAGUUCGAGCUAUUUUGUGUUUAAAAUCUUGGUUUACUGAAGACUUACCAUUCUAA